CCGAAGCCAGAAAAACACAAAAAACAGUACGCGAAAAUUUCUCCAGAACCAGCAACAAACUGGACAGAAAUUGCUAGUAAAAAUAAUAAGCUUGAGUCAGUAAUCUAGAUGGGUAAAACUUCCCCUACUAAGGGUUCCAUGAGCGGUAGAAAGAGUCCAGGAUCUGCUUGGAAGGAACUUCGAAAUGCAGCAAACAUGUCUGCCAGAUUUAGACAAUCCAUAGCACCAAGUGUGAUAGGUUCACUAAAAGAUGGUGAUGAUAAAAAGAGUAAAACCAAGCCACCAAUAGUGAUCUGGCCUGAGUGGAGUGACCAGGACAUUAACCAGGAAAAAUGGGACACUGCUCACAAGGCAAAGGAAAAAGAAAAAGGAAAAAGCCCCAAUCCAGGAAUGCUUCAUUCACAGCAUCCAUAUGAAGACCCAGAAGGACGCAUUGACUUACCACAGGCUAUCAAAUCUAGGGUGGAUCACUGGAAACGACCUGUGGACUUUAUCAUAGAAAAGACACCUGUUGUUGUUGAACCGAAAAGCCUGUCUGAAGAAAUUGAUCUUCUUUCUAAAAAUGAACACUUGACAGACAGUGAGUUGAUACGCUGGAUCAUAUCACAAAUUACAAGUCUGUGGAAACUCCAUUUCAAAAUAGAUUUACCAGAAGUUAAGACCAAAGAAACAAAAGAUAGCAAAGACAAAGACAAGGAUAAGGACAAAGAAAAAGAAAAGGAUAAGGACAGGGAUAAGGAAAAAGAUGGAAUGGUUGAAGAUAAUUACUGGAAACCAUGGGGACAUGUGUGGCCUAAAGAAAAGACGACAUCCAAGGGCAUGGCCUUACCUGUGUAUAAUGCUGGUGGGAAAUACUGCGUACGAAUAUACUGGCUGGGAGCAUGGAGAAAAAUCACCAUUGAUGACUGGAUGCCCUUUGAUCAGGAGGGUAGAUUACUGCUUCCUGUGACCCCUAAUGAACAAGAACUGUGGCCCAUGUUGGUGACUAAGGCUCUUAUCAAAGUGGCAUCUCUAGAUUAUACUGGUGGUAGUAAUACCAGCGAAUUUGGUGACUUCACAGUCGUUCAUGCUCUUACUGGAUGGAUGCCUGAGAUCAUACCCCUAAGGUAUGGGCACACAUCAGAUAUCUGGCAGCUCUUACUCAAAGUCUUACCUCACUGGAAGUUAGACAAGACCCCUUCUCCUGAGGAGAUCAAGCAAACAAUAACACCAGACACCAGGAAGGAGAGAGAAAAAGAACGAAAGUCGACCAAGUCUACCAAGGGGUCAAAGGAUGAAUCACACGGAGAAAAAGACAGAGAGAGCAAGACUAGAGAAAAAGAUAAAGGUACAUCAUCAUCUGUGGCAGCUGCACCAGAACUGCCUCCAAAGGAACCAGAACUGGUUAUCUUUGCCAGUUACUCUAAUCCACCAAACACACCUAUGAGAAUAUCUGUAUUAAGAGAAAUGGCUGAUGCAUCAGAGAAGCUGCGUCUCUCAGGCUUAUCACACAACCAUCCUCACCCUGUUCUAGUUACUACAGUAAGAGACUGUCCACUAGUGGCACCCCCUCCCCCCAUAGAAAUACCACGAUGGAAACUCAUAAGACAGAAGAAGAAGAAACAGCUUAUUGAACCUCCCCUGACUCCACCAGAGCCACCAAAGGAACCCCGCUUCCUGGAAGUCGCAUCACCRUUUGUCAAUUACAAUGUAAGCCCAAUACCAGUCAGUAGAGCAAGAACCCCAGUCAAAUGGCUCAAGUAUCGACCUGAGAAACCAAUGGGAGAAAUCACUGAAGAAGGGAACAAAGAUGACGAGGAAAAGAAACAGGAUAAAGAAAAUAAAGAGGGAAAUGAGAAGAAAGAAGGAAGUGAGGAAGCUAAAGAGGCUGUUAGCGUGACGGAAGUCAACGAACCAAAACAAGAACCAGAAAGAGACAAAGAACCUGUCAUGAAAGAAAGAGACAGCAAGGAUAACCUACGAGAACGUUCCGGCACCAAGGACUCGAUCAAGACCCCUCGCGUCAGGUCGGCCAAAAGUGACCGAGUAGAGAAAGACAAACCCAGCAAAGGAGAGAGUCCUGGAAAGAGUCGAUCUGGAAGUAAGCUGGGGUCGGGAGAGAAGGAAAGAGUGCGAUCAGGAGUGGGGACACCGAAAGGAGGUGGGAGAAAGAUCUCGCGUAUGGAGAAACCUGGUGAUCUAAAGUCUCCUAACAGUAAAGAAUCACGCCGUGUAUCCCGAAUGGAAAAACCCAAAUUAGAUCUCGACAAGGAAUAUUUUCACGAGGUGACGCCCAUCAUGGAGGCUGAAGACACUGCGCCUCUCACUCUUGAAGUACCUACCUCGGCUGGUGAAGGGGAACCUAAGAUCCCUGGGGAGGGUACUGACGGGGAGGCAGGAGAAGAGAAACCAGAAGGUGAGAAAACAGAAGAAGGGGAUAAAGCCAAAGAAGAGAAAUCUAAGGAGAAGAAGUUAUGGAUGGAGUUUGAGGACUUCUGCAAGUGUUUUGGGAAUCUUUACAUCUUUCAUAAACCCAAUACUUACAAACAUACGAAGACAACUAUCGAGUUAAAGAACAUCGCCACCACCACUCAUGGCUCAAGCAAGAAAUCUGGCCUGCAAGCAGCGUCGUCUGUCACGGGGACGACUCCAGCUCCUGGAAAAAAUACAUCCCUCAGCCCCUCCCCCUACGGGUCGUCGGCUUACAAUCAAUACCAGGACCCUCCCCCACCGUAUUUGUUUGUCGAUAGUUUGGACCCCAUAGAGAUUGUAGUUGGUUUUACUGCCUUCUCAAGAUGGCUGGAUCCACCGCUACCAAUUAUACGCGAGAAAGAUAAGGAGAAAGAAAAAGAGAAGGAAAAAGAAAAAGAGAAGGAGAAGGAGAAAGAAAAAGACAAGGAUAAAGACAAAGAUAGCAGCAGUAGCGUUUCUGGAGAUCUCAAAGAAGUCACAUCUGAAGAUAAAUUUGCACCAAUCGUCUCAGGUACACUUGUCGCCGAGCCGUACUCGUGGAAAAGUUUAGUAACUGGUAACCCUGUGUUGAGGAUAAGAUCAACUGGAGCAAAGAGUGCCGUACUGUGUCUACCAGCAGGACGCCAUGUCCUGCGUUUCCUCUUACAAGCCCCUCACGGCUUCCACGUUCAGCUUUGUUCCCAGACUCCCUUCGUUUUCGGAGACGAGGAUACAGUAAUGACGUCACUGACUAAGGAAAGUUGUCGAUUCAUGGAGCAUGCCAUGCACGUGAUUCGCUCGGUCGGAAGCCUCGUGUCUUCGUUUUCAGACCCCCCGCAAGAUAAGAGGCCCGCCCUAGACCUGGGAAUGAAGGACGAGUCCCUUAAGAUCCAAGAGAGACAUUUCAAGAUCUUUAUGAAGUGUUUGUUCAAAGCUCUCAAAUACAAUCUCGGUGAAGCAUACACCCCAGAAAUGCAUUUUGCUUGGAAAGCCUUUGCAUUUCAAGCUGCACUCUGCAUGCGCCAGCACAUCUCCCAAAGGCCUUUGUCAGCGGCUGAGAUUACAAGAAUAGGCUCCUUAAAGCGAAAGUCCUUGUUCAAGAUUUCAAGUGACGUUCCUUCUUCGUGGGCUGACCGGACAGCUAAUGUUGACGAAMAUGGAGCUGCUACCAAAAUCCAGGCGUCAUUCCGUGGACAUUUCGUUAGGAAACUUGCCAAGGCAUAUGUGACUGGAUCAGAAGAACAACAACAAGUCUCCGCCUUACUUGCAAAAGCCUGGAGCACUUUAACACCGAACCUAGAAAACUUUGCCGUUGAGAUCUUCAGACGAAUGUUUAAGAAGGAUGAACCUCUCUUCCCAAUGUUCCCCUUCUUCGAGGACGAGUGGUCCAGAGUAGCCUAUGCAGAUUACAACGGUGGUUACCCUGAGCAACCUGCUAACUCUUGGUUUGUCGUGUUUAGGGAGGURUUUGUCGUUGACGAACCCGUACUCAUGGUCCCUAAACUCUACGUCAAUUUCCCUACUUGUCUUCUGAGAGUAGUAGAUAAUGAUACGGGAGAGGAACUGACUAGGAUCUUCCAGAGAGUCGCGCCUUGCCUGAUAAAGAAAAAUAAGCUUGGAUAUACAUUUGUGGCCGAGGCGAGAACUCUUAACGCCAUCCUCCCACCAGGGAAGUUUCGAUUGAGAAUUAUCGGGUCAACCGAACCACUGCCCUACACCCCACGAGAAUCUGUUAACAGCCAUUUUGUACACAAGGAGAUUCGAGAUUACUACAUUCCGAAUAAAUACAACGUCAUCUUCAGGCAAACAGUAAAAGUGACGGAUGAUCACCUGACCAGCAUACAGCUGAGCACCUCCAAACAAGGUGUCUACGUUAAGCUACAGGUACUUGACCAUGAAGAGGAAGUAGCAAGCACGACGGGAAAGGGACACGCUGUUAUUCCUGCUUUUAUUUUCUAUCGCGAUCGAACGGGUGAGGAGGAAGAAAAACAGAGCAGAAGAGGUUCUAGGCCCCCUACAUCGAAUCGUCCACGUUCUGGGAAGCGACCGCAGUCAGGAGGUCGUAAGGCGGGCUCAGCUGCCCAAGGUCGAUCAAAGAAGAGUGGUAAAGAGUCGUCCAACUCAUCCAGGCCCACUUCACCGCAAAAGGGAUCUAAAUCCUAUUUCAUGGAUGACGAGGAUCGUGAAGAACCCGAAGAUAAUGGCGAUGCUGAGCCAGAAAUCAAGAUCCACAAGUACAUUAUCCAGGCCGUAGUCGAACGUGACAGUUGGCCGCUGUCCAAGAACUCAUGGGAGUUCGUGCAAAUGAUGAAAAAUUUGGAGAAAGGUGACCUUGAAUCAGGUCCAUCCGAUACAUUACCCAGGGGAGAUAAACUCUCAGCCAGCACAGGAGCUAAAGGCAAGAAGGGUAAAGAAGGCAAAGAGAGCCGAUCCAGCAAGGGACAGGCAGGGUCUAGACCAUCUUCCCAACAGCAGUUUGACUCUACCAAACCAAACUGGGUGCUGAGGGUCUUCAGUGAUGCUAGUGCUGAAGAAAUUGAAGUGAAAAAAGACACGGAAAGGCAGGACGAAAUAAAAGCCAUGAAAAUGGCAUGGGAAGCAGCCGAGCCUGGACGCGCGGCCAAGGCACAGCAAAGCCGUCAGAAGUUCUUGAGCGAGCACAUGGUGAAGGUGGAAAAAGACGUGAUAGAAGAAGAAAGUGAGGAGAUUGAAGCUCCUAGCGAAGUGUUCACAGUGACGUCACCCGUCCAAUCCGAAGCYGAGAGCGAGCUCACAUUAAUACCACCUCCUAAGGAGCCGGACCAAGUCUUGAAACCACUCGAGCCUCCAAUACUUAUAAGAUCCCGAGGCGGUCACCCUGUGUUGUUGGAUGAAGAGGAGGAAGGGCGCAGACGAAUGUCGCGUCAAGAAGCGUUUCGUAAUUUCAAGGCCAAGAGAGAGGAAGUUGAAAAACGACGUGAACAGGACAGACUAGAAAGGAAUAUGGCUAAAGAAAAACAACUACAAGAAGCCGAAGAAAUGCAGGCGGAGCUCGACAAGGCACGCCAAGAAAUAACGGCGGCCAGAGAACUAUACAGACAGAAAUUCUUAGACGCUGAAAAACAAAAGGAGGAACAAAUCGAAGCUGAGAAACAAAAAGAUCGCUCUCCAUCACCAAGCAGAAGUAAGAGCAGAAAAAGUGCCUCAACGACAGGGAAAGGAGGUCGAAAGUCUGCCACCAAAGUAAAGAAGAAGUAACUGAAAGCUUCUGGGAAGGAAAAUCUUCAAUUACGAACUUUAAAAUAUUUGAGAAUUCACUUCAUUUCAAACAUUUUUAUCUUAAUUUAUAACGAGAGUGCUUUGUAUAUUUUUAAACAAUGAAUUGUAUAAAGGAAUAUCAUUAGAAUGUAAUUAUGUCUGGAAAAGUCACGAAGUCUUUAACAUAUUUAUGUGAAUGAUUAAAAGUAUUUAUUUUUGUGUA